AUGCUUCUGUACCCUGACCUUCUGGCCCUGCUCUUCCUCCAGCUUGCCCUCUCCAGCCCGUGGACGCUAGCCUCCCGGCUUCCCCCUCUCAGAGGAAGGAGUCCCUCCAGUAAGGGCUUACAGGGGGCUAGAGCCCCCAACGAGAGGCAACAGUCUGGGGAGCUCAGCACCACCGUCCUGUUCCUGGGGGAGCCCUGUGGGGUCUACACCCUGAGCUGUGCCCGAGGACUCCGCUGUGCCCCACCACUGGGAGACCCCAGCCCCCUCCAGGCCCUUCUGCAGGGCAGGGGAGUCUGCGGCAAUGCCAGUGAACCCAGCCCUUCUGAGAGUCCCCAGCCCAAAGCCACACUCCCGACACCCACUGAAGACCUGGAGAAGGCUCCGUGUCGUAAGCUGCUGAACACUGUACUUAAAGGUCUUGAGCCCAUGGUCUUCCAGUCAGACCGUGGCGAUAUCUAUAUGCCCAACUGUGACAAGCGUGGUUUCUUCAGAAAGAAACAGUGUCGGUCGUCUCGGGGCAUGCACCGCGGUCACUGCUGGUGUGUGAAUGAGAGUGGCAUGCCAACAUCAUCACACACAAGCCCAGAGGGCACCCUGAUCUGUGACAAUGUAUGA